UUUAGCUUCAUGACUGUGUAUCUCCUGAUGGGCAAAGCAUGGUCACACAAACUAGACAUCAAUAAGCUUGAAAAGAGUCCGGUUACAACUGUGUUAAGAGUAUGUGUGGCCUCAUUUUUGAAGACAUUCAAAGGCAUACAAUAUGAUUCAACUGGGAUCUACAAAGAUAUUGAACGAAAUGAUCACCAAUUGAGUCAUAGCUCUAGUAUCAGGUUAUCGAAGAACAGUGACAAAUACGGUCACAAUACAUUGAUACAUUGUAGCCAUCAAGAAGUCGAAGACACGAAAACCCUUGUUAGGUUGUUACCGGUGGGUGUUGUGUUGGUUUUCCUGGGACUAAUAAGCUCGAUGGGGAACACUUAUUUUGUUAAACAAGGAGACCGCUUAAAUCCUUCAAUUAUUAUAUGGAAAUAUGUGGGUGUGUCACAACUCUUUUCAAUAUACGAGUACUCAAAAAAUCAAUUCGGAAAAUACACAAGAAAAGAUUUUGAAACCCUAUUCAAGCACCCCCCUCGGCAACAAUUGUUAUAUGCUAUGAUCUAUGCAAUCCCAUGUUGUAUGGCAGCUGCCAUUGUCGAGAGUUCGAGAUUAAAUGUCAUAAGUAAACUAGGUCUAGAAAACAAGCAAGAAAACAUCAUCCCAAUGAGGACAUUUUGGCUGAUACCUCAGUUUUUCAUCCUUGGUAUCGUUGACGGUUCAAUGGAGCGAAGUAUUGAUAUGUUCUUCGUACAAGAGAUGCCUCUGUCGAUGCGAAACUAUGGUAUUUUAGUUUUGAAAGGCUUUGUAGGGCUUGGUACUAUCGGUAGUGUGUUGUUUGUGUAUGUAAUUGGUAAGAUUAGCGAGAUGGGAGGGAGACCAAGUUGGUUUCAUCAUAACAUGGAAAACAGCAGGCUAGACUUGUUUUAUUGGCUAUUAAUGGUGUUAUGUGUUGUCCUUUUGGUGGCAUGGAUUGUGUUGAGCCAAUGUGUCAUAUUGGCAUGGAAUAAACAACGGCCUUUGAAUUACAAGGAAGAUGAGAACGAUAGAUUACUUGAACCAGGGAGCGAUUUAGAUUCAAUAGAGGAUGGAAAAAUUGGCGACCAAAUGGUGGAAGCCGUAAUCAUAGAGUAUUUGACGAAGUGGCGCAAUACGAUUAAACCAAUUGAGUGAUUGAGUUAAAUGUUGUGAAAUCUUUUAUGAAGAUACAGAAUACAACUUUAUAUAGUAUGUUAUUGAUACUAGGUUAUAUACAUGUGUAAUACCCUGAUUUAAAUUUUAAAUUAUACAAGU